AUGGAGGUGAAUCAGGUAGGCUUGAGCAUACUAGAGAUGAUCUCUCAGGGAUUGGGGUUAGAAAAGGACCACCUAGGAAGUAUGUUCAAGACAAAAUUCUUGUCGGUGAAUAGUUGCCCGCCGUGCCCAAACCCGAACCUAACCCUGGCGGUGCCCAAGUAUGUCGACCACAACCUCAUAACAGUUUUGUACCAAGGCAAUGUCGAAGGCCUUCAAAUCUUGACAGAUGACGGCAAGUGGCUCGCCGUCGAUGCUCCUCCCAAUACAUUUGCCGUCAUUAUUGGCACCCAACUUCAGAAAAGUGUGAUCGAACCGGUUAAAAUAUUCGUGAACGAAGACAAUCCUGUUCGAUUCUCCACACGAUCCUUCAAGGACUUUGUUGAUGGUACCAAAGCUUACGGCCCUUUCACUAAAACUCUUCAAACUCCCGGGGAAAAAUUGAUGGAUGUCUGA